UUGCUGAGUUACUGCCUGCCCCCUGAGCUGCUUCCAGUGAUGCAUCGCAGCUUCACAAGCUCUCACUGGCACUCCUUGUCCAGCUGGCCCUGGCUAAGUCAGCACUCGCACCUUCACAUUAGCACCCCUGGCUCUGGUACCAACCUGGGAUAGAAAUAAUUAAGACCUGGAAAGAAGAGAUGCCUCACACAGCCAAUGUGAACAAUUUGGUAGCCACCAAGUCUGUACCAUCAUGCCUGCAGGUGGAAGUCUAUGAUCUGGAAAAGAACUUGGAGGUUGAAGCCCAGGGAGAAGACUUCCAUGCCCAAGUUCCAGGCGCACAGCGAUCAUUUGUACACUUCUUCCCAGAGAUAGCAGACUCAAGUAGCACAACACUGCCUCUGUCACUGUCUGUGUCCGAGUUGCCUUGCUAUUACCACCAGUCUGUUUCUUUGCUUAGUGGAUUAACUGUUUCAACUUCAGGAUCAAAGGAUUUUAAGUCUAUUGUAGCAAGCCGUACCCUAUCAGAAACUAGCCAAAAAAAUGUCGAUUCCACAAUUCAGAAGAAACCAUCUGUGUUGUUCCAUCAGAAGCCAGCUGUGAUUGGAGAAGGGGAGGAUUAUUUUCUCACUCUGUUUGGUCCUUCAAAGAGCCUAUCAACAAAUUCGAUCCAUGCUGAGAAAACUUGGAAGCAUUUUUCUAUGAUUCUCGAAGACGUGGGCCAGUCUAGAUACAGUGCUGUUGGAGAUAUUAGAAUCUCUAAACUAAAUGCCAAGGGACUAUUUGUGAAGCUCAUUAAUUCUUCUCUAGACAAAGAACUGGAGAUUGGAAAUCAUAUUCUCCAGCAAAAAAUGGAUGGACAAACUGUUUGUUGUUACCAGUUCCUUCCCAAUAUCAUAAUGCAGGCCAAAUCCACUGUCACAGUGUGGGCAGCAGCAUCUGAAAGAAGAGAUAACCCACCUUCAGAUUUUCUCUGGAAGGAGCAAGACAAGUUUUGCACCAGUCCGAAUUGUGCAACUAUCCUGUGCAAACCCAAUGGUGAAGCUAUCGCCUGGUACACUCCUAUCCACUGGAAGCAAGCAUGGGAGAAAUUAGAGACUGACAUUGAGUUUAACAGACGCUCAAUAGUUAGUCCAACAACCAAAAAGCAUAUGCUUCCCUGGCCAACAGCUGCAACUACAGCCUUUGAAGAUGACCAAGAUCACUCUAAGGACAAUUACUCAAGACAUCACUCAGAACCAGGUCAUGCUUCUCUCAAGAGAGAAAAAGGAGUUCCAGUCAUGCUGUUCCCCAGUCAAAGCCCAUGGUGCCGCAGUCCUUCUGUGCCUGCACACCCCUACUGCUCUCUGAUUGACCCCCACGCUUCCUCCAAGAUGGGAAGGUGAUCACUGGAACAGACCAGACCUAGGCCAGUGAGGCCUGGAACAGCCCAAAGACCAAGAAGAUUAGUACACCUGAGUAAUCUGAGUAAUGAAAACAACAAUCAGUCAACUUAUAAAGAAAAAGUCUACAAAACCCAAGGACAACAGACAUGCUGCAGCCAGUCUCGCCCCGCGAAUGAAACAAGAGAAUUAACAGCUUCUUUUAGGGAAGGUCACUCGCCAGGACUGUACUGUAUCUCUUCUUAAAAGUGAUAGAGUUUGUGUACAAGUUGAAACAUUGACUCUCUAGGUUUCUGAGAAGAAAAACAUUGGUCCAAAGCAAAA